CCCUGGUACUGCAUAGUCCCGCUGCACCUUUCCUGGCAUCUCUCUUUGGCUGCAAGAAUCCACCUGUCCCAGGGGCUGGGGCAUCCUCCAGGACGUGUCAGUGGCUCCCUUGGCUGUUCCUUCCCCGGAUGGAGCCAGAGAAAUGUGGUGGGGGUGCCGGGGCCAGAGUUUCAACAUUGCCCCCCAGAAGGAGGAGCCAGAAAUGGGGCUCUCUGGACUAAAGUCUGUCCAGGGGCACGGGAUGCCAGAGCCGGGGACUCAUCUGUCGGGCACAUGCGUGGUCUCUGGAUGCCUUCCAGGGGAGCAGGUUCUAGCACGGGCCCCAGGACUGAGGAAGGGGCUGGAGCCUGAACUGCCUGGAAUCCUGAUCUGCACCAACUUGCGGGUCAUCUUCCAGCCCUAUGGAUGGCAGAGGGAUGAGGACACCCCGCUAAGCAGUGAGUACGACUUUUCGCUGGUCAACAUCGGGCAGUUAGAGGCUGUGAGGGGCCCAUCCCGAGUCCAGCUCCUCCAUCCGGGGUCCCUGCUUAAAUUCAUACCCGAGGAGAUUUUGAUCCACGGCCGAGACUUCCGGCUGCUCAGAGUUGGUUUUGAGACUGGAGGGCUGGAGCCCCAGGCAUUUCAGGUGGCAGUAGCCAUUGUCCGAGCCCAAGCUCUGAGCAGUCAAGGCCGACAGUAUCCGGGCCCGAGUCCCAGCAGGGCUGGCCAGAGUUCCCAGAAGUCUGUGCCCCUCCUGGAGACAGCAGAAGACUGGGAAACAGAGCGGGAAAAACUGGGGGCCAGUGGCUGGAGGGUCAGUGCUGUUAAUGAGAGGUUCGACGUUGCUACCAGCCUCCCCCCGUACUUCUGGGUUCCGAAAAGAAUCCUGGACAGUGAAGUCAGGAGAGCAUUUGGCCACUUCUGUUAUGGCCGUGGACCGCGCCUGUCCUGGCAUCACCCUGGAGGCAGCGACCUUCUCCGCUGUGGUGGCUUCUGUUCAGCAAGUGACCCUAACAAGGACGAUGUCAGAGCAGUGGAGGCCAUGCUCCAGGCGGGGCACACAGAUGUCGUCCUGGUAGACACAGUGGAUGAGCUACCCAGUCUUGCAGAUGUCCAUCUUGCCCACUUGCAGCUGAGGGCCUUGUGCCUACCUGAGUCAUCUGUAGCUGAGAAGAAAUGGCUCUCAGCUCUGGAAGGAACACGAUGGCUGGACCUGGUCAGGUCUUGUCUCCGGAAGGCCAGUGACAUUUCCGUAUUAGUGACAGUCAGGGUUCGCUCUGUAGUGCUUCAAGAGCGCAGUGAUCGAGAUUUCAAUGGGCUCCUCUCUUCACUGGUCCAGCUGCUCUUAGCCCCUGAAGCCAGGACCCUGCUUGGUUUUCAAACCCUAGUGCAGCGGGAGUGGGUGGUGGCUGGACAUCCCUUCUUGACCCGACUUGGUGGAAAUGCAGCCAGUGAAGAGGCCCCAGUGUUUCUCCUCUUCCUCGACUGCGUCUGGCAGCUCCUCCAGCAGUAUCCAGCUGAGUUUGAAUUCUCUGAGUUCUUCCUUCUUGCUCUUCACGACAGUGUGAGGGUUCCUGACACUCUCACAUUCUUAAGAGACACUCCCUGGGAGCGUGGAAAGCACAGUGGGCAGAAAGACACCCUGGCCAUCACUUCCCGCUCGACUUGGAGUGCAAGGUUGUAUUUUUGUUUGACUAUCCUUCUUCCUGCUCCCUCUGUCCAGUUCAACACCUAUACACAAGUCUACACCCCUGGGUACGCCCAUCUCCCAGGCAGGAUCUCUGGUAACCCACAGCUGUCGGUCUGGGACUGGAGAUUACGCUACAACAACAAACAGAUUCUACAAUUUCAUAAUCCUGGAUAUGACCCAGAGCACCACCCAGGCUCCUGGAUCCCCAGACAGCAGCCAAGCUUCAUGGCUCCUGGAACCCCCAGUUCCAUGUGGUUCUUUUCUAGGGGGUCCCUGUCCCCCCUGAACCAGCUCUGCCCCUGGAGAAACAGUCCCUCCUUGCUCGCAGUCUCUUCUCGUUGGCUCCCUCGACCUGCAGUCUCCUCGGAAAGCCUGGCUGACCAGGAGUGGGGAUUCCCCUCACACUGGGGUGCUUGCCCUCUGCCAGAAGGGCUGCUGCUGCCUGGAUGUCUGGGACCCCAGAUUAGGCUCUGGAGACGCUGCUACCUGCGGGGAAGGCCAGAGGGCCAGACUGGCCUCUUGGCACCCACUGUCUCUGGUCUCCGGGAUGAGCUCACCCAUCUUGAAGAGCUACUGAAGAAAUGGACACCAAGAAUAUCAGAGGAGCAUGACAAGGAAGGGGAGCCCAACCCUGCCCUCUCCUGGUCCUGCUGAAAGUGGGGCUGAUCCUGGGACUAAUCUGCGUGGCCCAGUGCUCUGUCACCUUUCAUGCUCAUCCCUUCAAACUGUUUCUUUUGCUCACAGGUGGAUGAUACCCAAGUUUCCCCUGUCUGUUUAGUUCCUCCAGACAUGUUUCAUGGGAUUUGAAUGCAGAAGCAAAGGUGGGGAGAGCAAGGAGCUGGUACCCCGAGCUGGUACUGAGAUUAAGUUAGUGGCACGCAUCCACUAGUGCCUCCCACUUGAAUAUGCUAUAAUGAAUGCAAACGACCGAGGCCAUCAAUAUGUUGAGACACUUGUCCUGCAAGCAGCUGGCCCUGGUUAGAUCCUCAGUCCCCCCAUUACUGCUAGGAAUGACCCCUAAGCAUAGGGCCAGGAAUAAACCCUGAGCAUCAUCAGGCAUGCCUCCUUGCUCCUGCCCCCUCUGCAGCCCCCUCCCCCACCGGGCUGAAGCAAGGCUUUUCUAUAGGACGCUUCCCUGUACCAUCCCUGAACCCCAGUAUUCUGCUGUGGCCAAAAACAACCCCGCAAACGAACAUUGCCUGAAGACUGCAAAGUAUUUUAAGUUACUCAGCACACGGUUCUCUGGGGGUAUGAUAGAAUGAUUAGGUUACAAAACACAUCUCGCCUCAGGGUAAUUUCGUGGCUUUUGACAUACAGCUGUUAAAUUGUGAGAUCAAAGACGGUCUUCAUCAGUCUCAAAAAAAUGGACCACAGCACCCAGUCGCAUCUCCUUUGCUGUGGGUUUAAUCAUCCUUUUGACCUCCUUCCCCCCCCCCCCCGU